AUGUUUAAUGAUUUAUAACAAAAGGUUAUAGGAGAUUAUAUAUUUCAAACAAAGUUUGUUAUUGGAUAAGGCUAAUAUGGUAAAGUAUUUUAAGGAAAGAACUAAAAGACUGGCGAAAUAGUGGCCAUUAAAUAAUUAGAUAAGAUUAUAUUUGAUUAAGAUACAUUCUUUAAGCAAUAAAUUGAAAAUGAAAUUUAUGCAUUAAAAAAAGUAAAUAAUUAAAAUGUUGUUAGCUUUAAAGAUUUUAUUUAAACAAAUGAAAGCUGUUAUAUUAUAUAAGAAUAUUGCUAAAAUGGAGAAUUAAAAUAAUUUACAAGGCAAUAUGAUAACAAUACAAACUUUUAAUAAAAUGAAUAGAUUUGUUAAGAAUUUGCAAAAUAAAUUAUUUCAGGAAUGUUAGCUUUGAAUUAAAGUGGAAUAGUACAUAGAGAUUUAAAACCUGCUAAUAUUUUAAUACACUAAGGUAUUUGUAAAAUUGCUGAUUUUGGAUUUGCUAAAAAUAAGGACUCUAUAAAUAUGUAUAAUUCUAUUGUCGGUUCUCCUUAUUAUAUGUCUCCUUAAAUAUUAAAUAAAGAAAAAUAUACAUAUAAAUGUGAUGUAUGGAGUUUUGGUAUGAUUUAUUAUGAAAUUUUAUUUAAAAGACUUCCUUAUAUUGCAAAUUCCGAAGAAGAAUUAUAUAAAUUAAUUAUUUCUUAGCCUAUUAAUUUUAAUGAAUUAUCUUUAAGUUAGUUAUCUAAAAAAUUAUUAGAAAGAUCUUUGUAAAUUAAAGAAGAUAAUAGAGCUAGUUGGUACGAAUUAUUAGAUAUAAUUAAUAGAUUUAAUGAUUAAAAUACAAUAUAAAUUAAAAUGUCUGGAAUUUAAGUAUAAUAAUAAUCAGUUUAAAGGUUUAUAUAAAUAAUCAAUAAUAUAUAUAUAUAUAUAUAUAUAUAUAUAUAUAUAUAUAUAUAUAUAUAUAUUUAUAUAUAUAUAAAUAAAUAUAUACAUUUUUAGUUUAUUAAAAAACUUUAUUAUAUAAUAAAUGAUUAAAUGAAAUAAAAUAUGAUUAAUAUUAAUAUUAAUAUUAAUAUAUAUGGAUUAAAAAUAAUAUAAAUAUAUAAAAAAAAAAUAAGAAAAAGAGAAAUAUUUUCAAAUUAUAAAAAUACAGAAGUUGUUGAUAUUCAAAAAGAAAUACAUAAAAAUAGAGCUGAAUUACUUUAUGUGUUUUUUAUGGGAUUAAAUUUAUAUGAAUAAUAAAAUAUUUUUAUAGAAUUUAUUGAUUAAGAUAUUGUAAUAAAAAGCGAAUUAUGUAUUUGUUAAAAUUUAAUUUUAUAAUCUUUCGUUUUAAAAGAUAAAUACAAAUAAUUUUGUUAAUAAGAAAGUGUAAAAAAUUAAAAUUCUUUUCAAAAUAUAUUGAAUAAUAUAGAAAAUGAACAUUAAAAUUAUAUUGAGUUUUAAUAAGAUGUUAUUUUAAAUACAAACUUAAAUAUAAAUAAUUUUAAAGAAAAUAUUGAAGAAAUACUAAUAAAAAUUAUAGGAAGUGUAAAUAUUUAAAAGUUUGAAAAAAGUUUUAAUAAUUAUAAUAAUAAUAAUAAUAAUAAUAAUAAUAAUAAUAAUAGUAAUAAUAGUAAUAAUAGUAAUAAUAUUAAAAACAGUUCUUGUUUUAGAUAAAUAUUAAAUUUUUUUGAUUUUGCUAUUGAAUAUGUCAAAGUCAAGAAGAAAAGUAAAAAUAUAAUUAAUGAUGAUUUUGAAGAUAUUUUUAAUUAAAGAAAUUGUAUUUUAGAUUUAAAUUAAUUAUAUUAAUAAGUAUUUAAUUAGUUAAAAAUUUUAAAUAAGUGA